UUGCCUGCUCCGCUCUGCCCGCACACGCGCGAGUCGUCUUCUCCGUGUGCUGUGUGCUACUGCUCUCGGCCGCGAGUCAGUGCGAGCGAUUGGUGUGUGCGCGUUUGUGUGCUACAUUAUCAAUAAAAUAAAAAUAUCUCUCUCACUCUAUAUUUCGCAUUAUAUCGAGUAUAAGCAGCAGACGGUGCUAGGUUGUGUACUACUACUGUGAAUGCGCGCACGCGACUGUUGUGUGUGUGUCUGUGUGUCAUCGUCGUCGACGACGACAAUUGAUUCGCGCACAUUUCGUACACGGGGUGUCGCGCGCGGUGCAACAACAGAGGCAGCAGCAGCAACAGCAGCACACUCGAAACGCGAAUUGUGCAGCAGCAACGAGAAGGAGAGACACAUAAACUGCUGGAUACUAUCGCUGACUCUUUUUGCGUGAUAUUAAGCACUGAGGGACAAUCGCUUUCAUCUAAGAUGAGUCAACGUAAUGCAAGGCGAAUCGCUGUACCGGACGAGUUGAGAGACAUCCUUCUGGAGUUCACGAUCAGCUACCUGCUCGAGCAUCCCGACGACAUCGUCGAUUACGCCAUUGAUUUCUUCACGCGUCUGAGGGAGACGCGACAGAACCAGCUCAUCCAGUCUGGACAGACGUGCACCUCCACGCCGGAUGAAUCGGUCGAAGAAGAACCGCCGGUCGACAGAUUUGCCAGCAGGAGAAAGAGCGUCUUCGCCGAAACAUACAAUCCGGAAGAUGACGAGGAAGACGACGGAGCCAAGAUCGUUCACCCAAAGAGCGACGAGCAGCGCCAGAGACUCGGCGAGAGCGUCAGAAAUAUCCUUCUCUUCCGCGCGCUAGAUAAAGAACAGAUGGCAGGUGUACUGGACGCCAUGUUCGAAAAGACUGUGCAAACCGGGGAUUUCAUUAUCCGACAGGGCGACGACGGCGACAAUUUUUACGUCAUCGAAACUGGCAAAUUCGAGGUCUACGUCAAAGACUCGCUGAUUCACACUUACGACAACAGCGGCGCCUUCGGAGAGCUGGCGCUGCUCUACAACAUGCCCAGGGCGGCCACGGUCAAAGCCAUCAGUCCCGGCACGCUCUGGGCCAUGGACCGCCAGACCUUCCGACGCAUACUGCUCAAGUCCGCCUACAAGAAGCGCAAGAUGUACGAGGAUCUCAUUAACCGAGUGCCCAUGCUCAAGUCGCUCGAGGCUUACGAACGGAUGAAUUUAGCCGAUGCCCUCGUUCCGAAACAUUUCAACGACGGUGAACAAAUAAUUAAACAAGGUGAUAUAGCCGACGGCAUGUACUUCGUCGAGCAGGGCGUAGUUCGAAUUACGAUUGUCGGCGACAACGGACGCGAAGUCGAAGUAAAUCGCAUACCAGCCGGGGGUUAUUUGGGCGAGCUCGCUCUCGUGACUCAUAAACCCAGAGCGGCUUCGGCGUACGCUGUUGGCACCGUCAAAUUGGCCUUCUUGGACGUCGAAGCAUUCGAGCGUCUUCUAGGGCCGUGCAUGGAGCUCAUGAAGCGUAACAUUGACGAUUACGAAGAUCAGUUAAUCAAAAUAUUCGGCAGUAAAACCGAAAUAUCCGACAUUCGAUGAAUCGAUUCUCCUUAUGCAAUCUGUACGGUCGCUGUAUAAAAAGCAUCAGUUUCUUUACACAAACAGACACACACACACACACACACACACAGAUCUACACAUUUGCAUGUUCGAGCGCGCGCUCGCCCGCACACACAAACAUAAAACGCAGCGAGGCGCGCAAAAUAUUACUACCCAUUUGUGAAUUUUCAUCCGCGUACUUUGAGAGUCUCUUUCAAGAUGAAAAAAAAACUCUUACGACUGUUCACUAUAAAAACAUUUUAUCAUUAGAUCAUUUUUCGUAGUUGCAGCAUUUACACCUAAAGUUGUAAUUAUAGUAUUAAAUAAGCGAAAAUUGAACAUUUAGUUUUCAAUAUAUGUGUCUAACACGCCAUGAAAAAUAUUUAUAAAGACUGUAUUCAAUUGGAAAGCAGUGGAAAGUACAGUUUUUGUAAAGAAAAACUUCUUAAUGUGAAUGCAUAUAGUUUAGUUUUCUCUUAAGUUGUUAGUGCCAUCAGUUUUACUUGUGUUGAAACAAUUUUCGUUGCAAUUGGUUAAUUUUUAUUGAUGAAAACAAAAAGAUAUAUAAAAGAAAAAAAAUUUAUACGUGAAAAAUUGGUGCUUAGAUAAUCCGAAUUCUCACGUGAAAAGCGAUUCGCUGGCAGAAUUUCGCUUCCUUCGUACUAGAAAGUCCAAAGGUACACUUGCUGUUAAAAGUAAGAAUUUUAAAGAGAAAAUUCUAAAAAUAAUUUCCAUAUUUAUUUAGAAUUAGGAAACAUAUUAGUUUAAUCAAGCAGGAUAAAUUUGGUGUUUCACAAUAUUUAUAUCCUUUUCCUGCUAACGAUUCUCUACUUUGUCUGUUGUGUGCCUUUAAACAUUACUUUUGUCACAAAUGAGUUAAUUUUUAUUGGUAUAACUAUUGCCAUCAUUAUUCAAAGUAUUUAAGCUUGUAAGGCUGUUUUUUAUUAUUAAAUUGAAUUCAUGUUAUUGAAAGCUUUUCUUUGUCAAGUACUUGGCUUAUAAAUACCAAUCAGGAUUUUUCUAUGCUUGAGUUAUUAAAUAAUCCUGAGGGCAUAUGCUGGGUAAAUAAUGAGAAAAAUAUGGCUUGUACUAUAAUUAAUAAAACCACUAUAAUUGUGAUUGAUUGUUAUCAAAUAUGUCGUAAUUUUUAAUUAUUCAUUACGUUAAGAAUGCUGACAAUAUAAUCUUUACAGAGAUGGGUAAAUCGGAUUUCCAUUCAAGAAUAAUUUAUACUGUAUCAUUUAUAUUGCAUCAUUAGUUUUUAUCGAAUUUUUGUAGGUAGAUCCUACUUUGAAAAAAUAAUUUUUUCUGAACCCGUGUUUAAUCGCAUCGUAAUGAUAAUGAUUAUAAUAAUAAAUAAUAAUCAUAUUUAAAAAAUCUCAGAAAAUUCUUUGAAUAAAAAUAUCUCAAAAAAUAACGUGAAAAGGUAAAUGAUAAAUGUGAUUUUUCGAUCACUUGCAUUUUUAUGUCUAAAUAUAUAGUAUUGUGUUGACUAAAGAAUAGGUCGUAAGAUAAAUUAAUUUUUCAUAUAUGAAUACUAAUAUUGAAAGUAAUUUAAAGUAUUGUUUAUUUGAAAAUAAUUUAUUUAUUUUUUACGAAGGUGUAAUGUGAACGUAGACGCAUCCAUGCAUAUUGGCAACGACUUGAACUUACGAGUUUAUUAAAUGCAACUUUUGAAAUGAUGCGAUCGGCUCGUGUCACAGUAAAAAAUAGAUAGGCAUGUUUUCAUGUAAUCAUUGAAGUCUACAAUUGAAAUAAAGAUAUAAUAUUCUAUUCUCCGAGCUAACAACAAAUAAUUAAUGUCUAUAUAUUGAUUAUAUAUGACUGCAAUCAUAGGCAAAGAGCCUCUGUGCAAAAGCGUGACGACAACAGUGAAUUGUAGGACAAUCAUUUCCGUUAUAUGUUUAUUACAAACAUUUGUUAUUGAUACUUACUUUUCUUCAUUCUACAAUUCACAGCUGUCCGAUGUUCUUCUCUAUGUUUUAGUACAACAAUUUAAGUACUUUUCAUGUUUACUUAUAGAUUUUUGUGAAUUAAAAAUUUUUAAAUACUUUUGAGUGUUUUGAACUUGUCUUAAAUCGAAUACCAAACAAUUGAGAUGUUUUACGACAUACUGCCUACUGUAAUUUUUACAUGAUACUGUAUAAUAAGAUUGUUUUUGUUUACUUUUCAAAGUGUUAAUCAAUCAAACUGUUUUUGAUAAAAAUGUUGAAAAUUUUUUUUAACUCAACAAAAAAAAGGAUUGUUAAAUGAUUUUCUUAAAUAUAAAGCAUGCGACGUAUAGAUAAAUCUUUCGAUACAAAACUAUUAUUUACGAGAAAAAGUAUAACUUAAAAACGUACUUAUAUACUCCUUAAAAACAUAAUCGUCUCUGCAGAUUCACUGAGAGCUACAAAAAAAAUCACUUAAUACUAUACUCUGUGGAAAACUAAAAGUAGAAGUAUAGAAUAAUCGUCUCCUUUCAAAACUUUUUAAUUCAAAAAAGUUUCUCAAAUAUCUCACUACCUUACGUAAUGCAUAAUUAAUUUUUCAUUUUAGGUCAUUACAAUUUUCUAAAAUGAAACCAGUUACAAUUUUGACCGCCUUUACAAAGUACUCAAAAAUUUUAUGAAAACAAAUUUAUUUUUAUUAUUUUUUUUCAAAAUGAUCAAUUCGAGUGUGUUUUUAGUUAAUCGAUACUUUAAGGAGUUGCCAAAAUUUUCGAUUCAUCAAUUUUAUUUAACCGCAGGCAUACAAGGGCACAAAAAUUGAAUUUUACAAACCAUACGGUUUCUCGAAAUAAGUCUAAAGUUAAGCUGUGACACUUCCAAAUUAUUUAAACGAAAAACAAUUUCACAACCGACAAAGUAAAUAAUGAACUGGAUAAAGAAAGAAUAAAAGAAAAGUAUCAAUGCAUACUGUAAAACAUUAAAUGGCAAUGAAUAAAAAAGAAACCUUGAUGAACAGAUGCUUAUCAAGGCGUUUAGCAAGUAAGUGAUGAGAAUGCAACUAAUAAAAAGUAACAGAGUGUGCGUUUGAGCGUUAUCAGAAAUCUGAAUGCAAGCUGUAUUUAGUAUUAUCAUGCGUAUUUCCUGAUACAUAUGCUUAAUGAAUUGAGUUAUUAUACAAAUCGAAUUAAGUCAAGUACGAUUUAGUUUUACUAUUUUUAUGUGUAGGAGAAAACAAAACCCCCGUGGUUUUUUCGACGACUCUUUCCAAAGCGAUACCUUCACAUUUACACACUUUUAACUGUGAAUCAUACUUGUGAAUAAAUUACUAUCGUACUUAUUUCUAUUGAUAAGUUAUAAGAGAACCAAAAAUGAGGUUUUACAGCAAAAAAAAACUUUAUUUUGCAUAAAUAGGUAUUGUCUGAAUGCACAAUUAUUCGACAUUAAAAUUAAACAUUGCGCGUUACAAUGUCAAACCGUUGUAUUUGAAAUAAAAGAAUAUUUGAGCUUGUUUGGCUGCAUGUAUGCAAGUAUGUGCGCAUAUUUUACCAAAAAAAAAAAAGAAGAAUAAUAAACUGCGUGUCUGCGGACCAUGCAUAGGUAAUGCUUGCCUGAAAGUAUGUCGCAAGUGUUUGUCUUUGCUAUCGCGUCAUUCUAUUUUCAUAUCUAUUAUAUCGGGGCGAUAAAUAUGCGGCAGGACCGACUAAAAAAAAAAAGAAAAAAGAAUCGCCCACUGUUAUUUUAAUUCGUCGACUCUUCGUUUUUACACGAAUAAUAUACUCUACUUUUGUGUGUCUCACACUCAUUUUUUUUUCUCAGUCUCGCGCACGCGUCAUUCUCGUCUCGUUUUCAUUGACAAAUGACAAAUUAGAUCGAUACUUAAAUACAUAAUUGUAGAUUUUACAGGCCUCAAAUAUUCAAGGCUAAGUACAACACAAAGAUUUUCUAACGAGCGAUAUUGCACGGUGAACAUUUUUUCUACGAAAAUAAAAAAAAAAUAACUGAAGAAUAAAGUACGAAAUUAAAAUUAAAGUAAAAUCUUUAUGCGAAGCGAUGCAUUGUGCUCGAUAGAUGAGUAAUCGGAAACUGAAGGAAAAAAAUGGUACAGAAAUCGCAUUGAUCAGACAUUCCCAGCACACGAGCAUUUUUGAAUCAGCUUGUUUUUUAGUACAUACUUUGUACAGAUUUUAUAAUCCUAAAAGAUAAUGCACAUAACAAAAGUCUAUCCGAUACAUUCGUACGAUCGUUAAAGUAUUGAAUUUAAUUUAAAAAAAAAUCUAAUAAGUAUUUAUUCGCCAAGUAAAAUCGACACGGUUACUUUACUUUAUGUAUAUCAUAAAUUAAAUAGUCAUUUGGCUAUCGAAACAAAAUUUAUACAAAUUAUUACUUUCAUUGAAUGUUUUAUAUUGUAUACAAUUCGAAUUUAUAUUACACACUAAUGUGUCAUUACGUACUAAUUACCUAUAAUUAUAUACCAGUAAAAGGCAUUACAAUGUUUUGUAUACGACCGAAAUCGCAUGAUGACUUUAAAUUCAUCCACCGAGAAAACAUUAACGAGACAUAAAUUAUGGAGAACUUUUCCGAACGUAAAUGCCCAGUUUUUACUGUGCGCAGUAACAGCUCGGGGUAAGCACCGAAUCGAUUCGACAAAGUGCUGCUCAAUUUAUUAUGCUUUAAACGAUAUCAUUGGAAAAGUAUAACUCGAUAAACUCGAUAAAAGUAAAAAAAAAAAA